ACACAAUGAUGCAUACUAACAGCGGAUGUUCAUAUUAUUCCAUGUAGAACUCAGUGCAUUUUAGACUUAAUUUUCAUCAAAUUAUGACGAGAAAUGACUUCGGAAACAUCAGAAAACUUACCGACCGGUGAUAUUAGUGCUAAACCUCCGGUAGACACCGUCUCACUAUUGCUAAUCGUCGUGGUUGCCUUGUUCUGGGGCGCUACCAAUCCGUUCAUUCGGCGCGGUAGUCUCGGAUAUAACAAUCUAAAGGCGCCUUCGAAACUGGGUCAAAUUUGGUUAGAAAUCAGAUUUUUGCUGUCACGCUGGCAGUACCUUCUACCAUUGGCAUUGAAUCAAUUCGGUAGCAUCGUGUAUGUGUAUGCCCUUCAACGUACCGAGCUGUCCCUGAUUGUUCCGGUUGCAAAUUCGCUUACUUUCGUGUUUACGGCAAUCACGGCACGGUUACUGGGGGAACAGUGCGCCAGUUGGAAAACUUACACUGGAAUGAUACUAGUCAUAAUUGGAACGAUCAUUUGUAGCAUGGAGAAAAUAAUGUGAUAUGAUUGGUUUGUAUGGUUUUGGGACCAUUAAAAUAAAGAAGGAGAUGGAAAUUGCA